ACUCACAAGAAUGACAGAAUUGGUGUUGGAAAUAGUUAUAAAGGAAAGUGCCGUUAGCAGGUCGGCAAAAAUGAGUCAGGUUACCGACCGCUCGCUGCUGCAAGAGGAACUGGAGAAGGUUCUUAGGGAAGCGAUGGAUUGGAUUUCCCUUAGCAAGACAGCAAGAAUUAUGGAUAUAAUAUGGGAGAGAGAAUCACAAGGUAUAGAGUCGGCUCCAACGGGUUCAGCAGGUCGUCAAAGUGGGUCUAGUGUGUCUAUUGAGGCUGAAUCACAGAGCCCCAAGAGGGAUUUGGAUUGUGAUAGUGAAAGACAAUGUUUUUCAUUGCCAUCAAGUCCAAGUGAUAGGGCACAAGGUAGAGGUAUCGGUCUAGCGCUGGACACAGACAUCGAAAAGCAAGACAAAAUCGGAUGUGGUCUACUGACAGUACAGUAUAGGCCUAGGAGACAGAAACCGGAAAGCAAACAACACGCUAAACCAUGUUGA